UUUAAUACAAGUAUAAUCAAGAUUCGAAACUACAAAAAAUAAUACUCAUGUUCAUCAAAAGUUUGUUAACAAUUUACAUAAAACGUAAUAAAUGUAAUUACGUCGAACUGGUCUUUUCUUAAUGCUUUAAUUUCAUCAAAAGGCUCUAAAUAUCUCGACUUUUUCCAGCAGCACUUUCUUUAUUCACAGCUCUGCCGUUUCUUAUUUUUUCGUUGCGUAACAAUUAUUAGUCUUAUUCGCAUUAUAACUGCGGGUAAUUAAAUUAGAGGAGGUAUGCAAACCCAAGAGACGGCUCUGCGGCAGAAUCGCCAAAGCUCGAACGCCGACGUCUACAGUAUCCAGUCGAGGUGAAGAGUCUCUUUAGAGGUGGUGUUCCAAAUCAUCAGAAAAGAAUUCAGGAGAGGCCAUUCUCACUGGACCCGCAAACAGAGCAUCAUCUCCCGAAUACGCGUGCGAACGGCUUUGGAGCUUAAAGACUUUAGUCCUCUACCGAUACCAGCGAAAGAGGACUCUCUGUACAAAACAUCAAUCCAGGCGAUGUCUAAGCGCUCGAUAAAGCCGACCUCUAAGAGAAAACGUGCAGUGCCGUCAAAGAUCUCUAAGCAAGAAGAUUCUGACUCUGAUUUUGAUGGCGAAGUAAGCACUCAAAAAUCUGAUUCGACAAAGACUGAGGAUUCGGAUCUAAAAGCUACACCGGCUGACAAGGCUCCAAAAAAGGAAGUUCUGCCCAAAUCGGAAGUUUCUCUCGAGAAACCCAAGAAAAUCAAACAGGAAAAGCAUGAUCUCAAAAACCUCUAUCGUAAAUUAAAAAAUGGUGGCUUCGGCUGCAAAGUCUGCAACGAGAAGUUUACUCAUCGGUUUAAGGUUUGCUCUCACAUUCGAGCGAAGCAUCAACCGCGCGAGGUUUUCUCUUGUUCCGAGUGCCCGCAGAGUUACAAGUCUAAGUACCAGCUUAAAACGCAUAUGAACAUCCACCGUGAAAACAAAAGCGACUACAUGUUCUUCUGCGACAAGUGUGAGUAUCGCGCACUGACUAAGCACUAUCUCAAGAACCACGAGAUCAGAAAACACUCGACUGAGUACCCGUUCGAAUGUGACCACUGCAAAAAACGAUUCAAAAUCAAGAUGGAUCUAAAGUUUCAUCUCGGAACACACAGCGAUUCCCAGCAUAUGUGCGACGUUUGCGGUAAAAUGUAUACCAGUCCAGAAUCUCUGUACAAGCACAGGCGCGUCAUGCACCUUAACGAGUACAAGUUUAAGUGUCCAAAGUGCUGGCAGAAGCUGCUCAGUCAAGAAAGCUUAGACCAACAUCUCGAAUCACACAAAGUGCUGCACAGUUGCGAUCAGUGCGACCUCAAGUUCACCAAGAAGUACUACGUCACCAGGCACAAAAGACGCGUUCAUAUGGUGGAAAAGAAUAAGCUCUGCCCAGUCUGCGAAAAACGUUUUGUUUGCAUGGCGACACUGAGGGUUCACUACUUGACGCAUGCCAAAGUUAAGCCGUACUUGUGUAACGUCUGCGGUUUUAGUUUCACCCAGCGCUCGUCGAUGAUGCUUCACUGGAAGAGAAAACACCCGGACGCCGAAUCACCACCACCGCCAGUAAUACUCACCAACUUCUUCGAUUCCAUAAACUGCGAAGUGCAAAAACUCGUCAAGCCUACCAUCGAACCUGCAUCACCUGAGCCUCGCCAAACGGCGGAAGUUGUCAGUUCCAACAGUGCUGGCAAUGCUGACUCGUCCGUUUAGUUUUCUUCGUAUAUACUCUGCAGCACUUCUUCAUGCUUGUGAUAUUAAAAGAUUCUUAAACUUGUAAAAGUGAAUCUCGUACUCAUUUAUAUCAAGAAGCUUGGUUGUUGAUUUUGAUAUAAAUUAUGAUUUUUGAAAAUUUGAAUGAUUCUAUUUUUGUUAAUAAUUGGUCUCAUAAGCAUCAUUGAGUUUGUGCAAAUUUUAUCAAACAACAUACUUUUGAAGUAAUGCUAAUUCUUGAAAAGGUUUUCUGAAACUUACUUACAUAUGAUAUGAAAGUAAAUAGAUACUUUAAAAAGGCUUUUUUUGUACUUCCUUUUAUAUGAUAUAAUUUUCAUAUCGAUAGAUGUUCAUUAUAGAUGAACUUCGGCUGAUUUUAAUGAAAUUAAAAAUCCAAAUUGUUUUACUUUUUUUCUAGAAAUUUAAUGAAAUAUGUUAAAUUUGAAGAUUAUAUUCUUAAACUCCGAUCUUUGAUAUGUAAAAAGUUUUAAUAAAAAAGCAAACAUUUUCUA